AGCGCACGUAAUCUUUAAGUUUGGUGUAAGCGCCGCACGUAAUUUACAAUGUAAUUUUGAAACGUUACAGUAAGAUUUAUGACGACACUGCCGACACCAGGGCUACUGCGCGCCAUGCCGACCUUAUUUAUGCCCUCAAGCAGCGUAGCUCCAGCCCUGUAGGAGAACGAAAUCAUCGACUGCGAUUACUGCAUCUCUUCGACCUCUCGCCAUGGCUACAUCCAUCCCCAUAAUCGAUGUAGGGCCUCUACUCGAGAAAUGUGAAGAUCCGAGAAUGGGGGAAGACGCCGGCGUGUUAGAGGUUGUCAGGCAGUUAGACAAGGCCGGAAGAGGAGAUGGAAUCUUUUAUGUGAAAGGUCAUGGCAUUCCGGAGUCCAUGUGCAAACGAGCUAGGGAUGUUGCGCGGAGCUUCUUCGGUCUUCCUGAUGAAGAAAAGCUCAAGAUCAAACUGUCUCCAUCGACUGGAUUCAGAGGAUAUCACACAAUGAGAGAAACAUUGGCUGGCGGCAGACCUGAUAAGCAUGAAUUUAUUGAUUUUCACAAGGUUGUGGAACCCGGCACUUAUGGAGCCGUCGCUGCGGCCUUGGAAGCACCAAACCUGUGGCCCGAGAAUCCUCCAGAUUUGAGACCAUUAAUCGAGGAGUAUAUACGUGCGGUAAAAGAACUUUCAAAAAACAUUCUUCGAGGGAUAGCUUUGGCAUUGGGUGGUUCACCAUACACCUUUGAAGGUGAAAGAGCUGGAGACCCUUCCUGGGCAAUGCAGUUAAUUCGUUAUCCCGGCUCCACUGAGAAAAUGGUGGAAGAUGGCGUUGGAGGUGAACCACACUCUGACUAUGGUCUAUUGACUGUGGUAAAUCAAGACGAUGAAAUCCCUGCAUUCCAGGCAAUGAACAGAUGUGGUGAAUGGAUGUGGGCCUUGCCUGUCCCUGGAACUUUUCUCUGCAACAUAGGGGAUAUGUUAAAGGCCUAUUCAAAUGGCAUAUAUGAGAGCGUAAUUCAUAAAGUGGGCAAUCACAGCCCUAAUGAUCGGGUUUCGAUACCAUUCUUUUAUGAGACGAACGUUGACGCUGUUGUGGAACCUUUGGAUUUCUGCAAGGAAAAGACUGGAGGGGUUGCAAAGUUUGAGCCAACGAUGCAUGGGGAGUAUCUAGUCCGCAAGAUGCACGAGACCUAUGGAAUGAAGCAUUGAACUUGGUGUAACAAGUGCUUAUUCGCCUUUCUAAUAAGCAGAAGCAAUGAUGGUGCUCCAUCAUCAGCUUUUCCAGAGAUGCAUGUGGUUGUGUCGGUGUGGUAGAUGUGUUGCACUUUUGUAAUCCCUAUCGUAUCUUUCCCAACAGGACGUAGUAGAACUCGUUUCUGUCUA